AUGAAACAGAAGAAGAAGAAAGACGAACCACAGCGGCCGCCGUCCAGUACAGACGAACAGCAACAGCAACAGCAGCAGCAGCAGCAGCUAUGCAACGGUGCAGGCGAGCCGAGACCCAAGAAAUCGGCGCUGAAACGCACGGCGACCGUCGGCGGCUCCAAGGCUGCCAAGUCCGGCAAGCACAAGCGGCACGUGCAGUUCAACGAAAGCCUGAACGUGUUCUUCGAGUCAGACUACGUGAUCGUCAUCCGGGACGACGACUGCGAGUUCGACGAGGAGGACUUUGACUUUUGGUCGCAGCAUCCGUGCAGCUGUGGCGAUGCCACGUGUUUCCAGCCGUGGCUGGACGAUGACGACGGCCGUGGUAUGCCGCCACUCGACCCGUACGAAGAACAACCAGCCACACUCAGUCCACCGGAUGGUUACAAGGACGGCUGUCCCAGGCACGUUCCGCCGUCUCUGGAUCAUCUGAAAUACGGUACCUGCACUAAUCAAUAA